CUCUUAUCCAAAACAUAAAUCAAUUAUUAUGAGCCAUUCAAUACAUUUGCUUUUAUAUCCAUAAUGUUGUAGCAAAUGUAGGUAAAUACUAUCAUUUAAAUAUUUUUUAUUCAAUAUUAAAGAGCUCUACUGGAAUUUGUCAAAAUCACAGAAUUUUAUCUCCAAUAAUCAUAUUUUUCUAUACUUUCAAAUCAUUUUAUAUAUUAUAUGUAUUAUUAUACGUAUUUUUUUAAUUCAAUUUUUAAUCCAAAAACCUUUUCUUCAUAUAAAAAACUUUUUUUUUUUAUGAGUAUGGCCCAAGCUCUGUCACUUCCAAAUUCAAAAUUUGAAGUAUUCAACCCCUUUAUUUUUUCUUUCUUAACAAUUAAACAUUCUCUAGUACACAUAAUAAUUCAUGGUUUCUAUUUUUAGGUCGUCUCUCUUCAUUCACUUCUUUUACCCCCUUCUUCUUUUUCAUUCUCCUCUUCCUCUUCGUUAACCUGUCCUCCAAUACCAGCAUCGUCUGAUUGUGAUUCAAUAAUGGCAUCUUUAAGGCAACCUUUGUAGUACGCGCGAGUCUAGCGCGGGGCUAACAAAGGUGCCUAUUUUUUGCAAUAAUCACUGUCUUUAACAAUCCUCUUGCGCGUUUUUAUAUCUGGUAUUUUCCUUAAUCUAUUGACAAAACUCCGUAAAAGUUGGCGUAACUAUAAAUUUAACAUUUAGAAAUAGUCCAUUAUAUUUUUCAUUCAUUUUGAUGUUCUUUUCAAAUAGCACUAUAGUAGAUAUUGAGGAUUUCCUUAUGAUGAUUUGAAUAAGCUCCUUUCAAGGUUUAUGCUACGGGUUAUAAAUCUAAGAAAGUACUAAAUGGUGUAAAGUUAAAGUUAGCACACGCGUUAUUCUAUAAAAAAAAUAUAUAUA